UAAAUUUUUUUAAUAUUAAAAUUAUUUAUUCAAUUUGAUUGUUUUUUGUUCACUGGGAAAUUAUAAACAAACCUAUAAAUCGCUAAAGAAAUAAAUAAAGUUUAAUUAAAGAGAACAACAGAAAGAGAGCUAAGAUAAAAUCAAAGUUUCGAAAUACAAAAUGUAUCAGUUGAGAUCACAAUGUUUUCUUCUUCUUCUUUCUAAGACCAGUUUCAAGUUCAGUCUGUAGUCUUUCAGUCACAAUCAGUCAGUGUUUGAAUGCUUCAGUGAACGCAACUCGUUGUCUCAAAAAGAAAAAAAUAAUAAUAAUAAUAAAACGGUUAUACGUGUAGCGGGUUUAAAAAAAUAUCUGAAAGAUACCAAAAAAAAAACGGUUUUAUUUUUAAAGAAAUGAAAAAAGAAAAAAUCAAAUUUCUUACUGACUUUACAACCAAAGAAAUGUGACCUUUUCCUAUCAACAUUUCUCAAUUUUCAGAAAAGAAAAAAUAAAUCUUUUGGAAAUGAAAGUUGAAAAAAAGAAUUCGUUCGUAUACAUAAGUGAUUCAGUCAUUGUGCGCAGAUAGUUGCGGUAAAAAAAGUUCAAAAAAGUUAAACGAAUCGAGAAAGGGGCAAAACAUAUAAAAUGAAAAGAAACACAUUAAUAAAAUUGUAUAUAAUUUAGGUUUCUUGAAUUUUUUCGGUGAAAUAUAAUUAAAUGGUGAAUUAUUGUUAAUAGUUCGAUCGAUCAUUGAUUAAGAUUUCAUUAAUAAUUUAACUAAAUGAUUUAUGUGUGAAUUUCAUGUACAAGAGACAACAAACAAAAAAUAGUAUUAACUAGAUCGUCAAUUUGUAAACUUGUAAAACUUUUUUUAUAAAAAUAAAAUAAAUCUGUAUCCACAACUGAAAAAUACAUCAAAUACAAAAUGUAUGUUAAAGUUUAACGGCAACAAAUUCAGAAAAAAAUAACAAGUUUUUACUAUCAUUUCAAAAUAAAAGUGUAAAGUGAGAAAAACAAAAACCCAAAAUCCCCCACUAUUUGAUCAAAAAAAAAAAAAAAGAAAACAAUAAUAAUAACAACAAAUGAUACGCAUUACACGCCUGCAUAACAAAGUGAAAUUUUUUGCGGAAAUAAAAAUUUUAUUCGAUACCAACAACUAAAUUAUACGACGUAUUACUCCUUUGUUUGUUUGUUAAACUAAUAAUUAAAUAUUACACUUAAACCUAAUAAAAAUCAUAUUUCCGUUUAUAUUGUUAUUAAAAUAAAAAGAAAAUAAAAUUAUUUUCAAUAAAAAUUGUGUGAGAGUUUUUUUUUUUAAAUCAUGAAUUUUGUGGCUCGUCAUGAUCAUUUGACCGGUUAUAGACGUGUUAAUACCACUACCACCUACGGCGUACCACAGUGGCCAAAAGAUGAUGAUGAUGCUGUUACCACCAGAAGAUUUGUUAAGGAGAGUGUUUCGUGGAAGUGGCAUAAGGGUUCGCGUGUCAGCACCAUUAAUGAUUGGCUACAAAUCAAAAUCGGAGGCGAUGAGGAGGUGAAAAAGAAAAAGAGAAAACAAAAAUUAAAUCGUAUAAAAUCGACAAAAUACACAUUCAUCACAUUUCUGCCACAAAAUCUACUGGAACAAUUUCGGCGAAUAGCGAAUUUUUAUUUUUUAGUCAUGACCAUUAUAUCGCUAUUAAUUGACAGUCCAGUAUCACCAAUGACAUCGUUACUACCGCUAGUAUUUGUAAUUGCUGUGACAGCUGCCAAACAAGGUUAUGAAGAUUUCUUACGCUAUAAAACCGACAAUAUAGUCAAUUGUUCACCAGUAACCGUUAUACGUAACGGUGUGGAGGAACAUAUACAAUCCCAAUAUGUAGCGCCUGGUGAUCUAGUGCUAGUCGAAAGGGAUUGUGAUGUACCCUGUGAUUUGGUAUUAAUACGUUCCUCAGAUCCUCAUGGCAAAUGUUUUAUAACCACGGCCAAUUUAGAUGGUGAAUCCAAUCUAAAAACUUUAAUGGUUCCCCGAGAUCUACCGCUUGUGGAACUGGAUAAAAUGCAUAAAUUGGGUGUUAUAGAGUGUGAAAGUCCUAAGACUGAUUUAUAUAGUUUUAAUGGUAAAAUUGAGUUGGCCGGUUCGGAGGGUAAAGUAUUACCCCUAACAGCCGAGAAUGUACUGCUAAGAGGUUCAAGAGUUAAAAAUACCGAAUGUGUUAUAGGCUGUGCUGUUUACACGGGCAUGACCACUAAACUACAAUUAAAUUCCCGCCUAACACGCAAUAAAUCGGCCUCCAGUGAAGUAUACAUUAAUCGCUUUUUAAUCUUCAUUUUAGUGGUACUCAUAGCCAUAGUCACUAUUUUAUAUUUCCUUAAAAGAUACGAUGAAAUGUUUGUUAUACCUCAUCUGGCCUAUUUGGGUCCACCGGCCGAUAGUUAUAGUGUUAAACAAUUUCUUCAGGAUUAUUUAUCAUUUUUGAUAUUAUUCAAUUAUUUGAUACCCAUUUCUCUGUAUGUAACCAUUGAAAUGCAUCGUGUUUUGGGCGGCCUAUUUAUGGAAUGGGAUACUCAACUGUACGAUGAGGCUACCGAUCAACCUUGUAUUGUUAAUACUUCAAAUUUAAAUGAAGAAUUGGGUCAAAUCAAUAUAUUAUUUUCGGAUAAAACUGGUACUUUGACUAAAAACGAAAUGAUAUUUCAACAGUGUUCGAUAGCGGGACGAAAGUAUUUGUAUAAGAAGACACGUCUUCAGGAGGAGGGUCAAACGUUUGAGGUGGACAUUAAUAAGUUUAAUAAAGAUCAAAAAAACUUCUUCCAAGCUUUAACCAUUUGCCAUACGGUGCAAGUGGCUGGUGAUAUGAACAGUAAUAAUGGUGAUAAACAAAUAAAUGCCACAGAGGCUGAAGUAAAAACACCAAAUACUGGACCUACCACAGGUGCCAGUGCUCUAUCGAAAAUGUAUUCGAUAUCGGACAUAACCGAAGAAAGUCAUAAUUCUAGUCAACAAAGUGAUGUCAAUGCUAUUGAGACAUCACUAUCUACAGAUCCUAAUGGUAGUCCUAGUAUUAAGAACUCAAUACAAGUGACAUCUGAUGUUAAUCCGUUAUUGGAUGAAAAGGUCGAAAGACGUAAAAGACCACAAAUUGUUAAAAGAAGUCCUAAUUUUACGCGUACCAAUACAAGAGUACAUCCUAUGUCAAUGCCUCCGCAGGGUAUGGAAAUGGUUAAUGGUGUUGGGGUGACAGGAGGUCAUAGUGUCGAGGGAAGGCAAGUUAUGUUUCCUACCUCCUUGCAAAGUAUACCCACGGGUAGACCUUUGUCUAUGCAAUUUAAACGUUCUACCUCAGAAGUUGAUUUACCAGAAUAUGGUGGUGCUAAUGGUGGAGCCAUGGGUGGUGUGGGAGCUAUAGGUCAUCGUAGAUCUCAAUCAUAUGGAGCUCCUGGAGCUUAUAUAACUCAGACAGCUAAUACUCCAGGAGUUGUAUAUCGCACUAGCAGUACAGCAUCCCGAGAAUCUUAUGCUGCCCCUAAUUUCCAAAGACAACCUACCAUACUUAUUAGAGCAGAGUCAAUGAGAAGGAAAAGUGAAAUCGAACAAGUUGUACACACCUUAGAUUACCAAGCCUCCAGUCCCGAUGAGAAGGCCCUAGUCGAAGCCUGUGCCCAUCUGGGUCUCGUCUAUAUUGGUGACGAUGAUGAGAUAUUAAAAAUUCGCGUCACUCCACCCCACAUGGACUAUUCGCGACCCUUUAGUGUGGGAAAGGUAAACGAAAUAAAUUUCGAUCGUCUGCAUGUCUUGGAAUUCACUUCCGAUCGCAAACGAAUGAGUGUUAUAAUUAAAGAUGAAAAUGGUACUAAAUGGAUUUAUACAAAAGGUGCUGAAAGUUAUGUCUUUCCUUUGUGCAGUAAUAACUCUAGAGAUUUGGUGGCUAAAACCGAUACUCAUAUCAGUGAUUUUGCACGUUUGGGUCUUAGGACACUGGCUAUAGCAAGGCGUAAGAUUGGCGAUGAAGAGUAUAGAGAGUUUUUAGCGGAGCUAAAUGAAGCUAACAGUUCGUUGGAGAAUCGCAAGGAGUUGAGUGAGAAGUGUUAUGCGAAAAUAGAGAGUAAUUUAGAUUUAUUGGGUGCCACCGCCGUAGAAGAUGCCCUACAGGACGAAGUGGCCGAUACUUUAAUAUCUCUACAAAAAGCCGGUAUUAAAAUCUGGGUCUUGACUGGAGACAAAGUUGAAACUGCUCUUAACAUAGCGCUCUCUUGUGGUCAUAUACCGCAAAAUGCUUUCAAAUACUUCAUCAUUGAAUGCUCACGCAAAGAAGACAUGUUGACACAUUUGAAUUCUCUAGAUCGGGAAAUAAUUUUCGGCAUUGGUCGUGAAUGUGCUCUACUUAUCGACGGUAAAAGUUUGGCCGUUGCCUUGUCCGAGACACCCAAUGAAUUCCGUGAUGUGGCCAUUAAAUGUACAGCAGUAUUAUGUUGUCGUUUAAGUCCUUUGCAAAAAAGUGAAGUGGUAUCGUUGAUCAAGACGGCGCCUCAAAAUUAUAAUACUGCUGCCAUAGGUGAUGGUGCCAAUGAUGUUAGUAUGAUACAGGAGGCUCAUGUGGGUAUUGGUAUAAUGGGUAAAGAGGGUCGACAGGCAGCUCGUUGUGCUGAUUUUGCUUUUGCCAAAUUUUGUAUGUUAAAAAGACUAUUGCUGGUUCAUGGUCAUUAUCAUACGACACGUUUAUCGUUUUUGGUUUUGUACUUUUUCUAUAAAAACAUAUUCUUUAUGGGUAUUAUGUUCCUAUUCCAAUUUCAUACGCUUUUCUCCUCAUCGUCGGUCUAUGAUUCUUUGUUCUUGACUUUAUACAACGUGAUAUAUACUUCGUUACCGAUCUUCUUUAUAUCACUAACGGAGAAACCCUAUACGGAGGAGACGUUAAUGAGGGAACCUGAGCUAUACAAGAAAAACACCAAUAACAAACAAUUACAAUGGCCCUUUUUCCUCGCUUGGAUCCUCUAUGCCAUUUAUCAUACCCUGAUCUGUUUCUAUUUUGCCUUCUUUGUUUUCUCCACCAAUGAUGUUAUACUUAAUGUGGGACAAACGGCUGAGUUUUCUUGUUUUGGCACUUUGCUCAUCCAACUAGUGGUGAUAGUGGGAAAUUUAAAAUUAUGGCUAGAAUCGAAAUAUCUGAGCUAUUGGUAUAUAGUUACCAUUAUCGGUUCGAUAUUAGCAUUUAUGAUUACCACUGUUAUUUACAAUGUUAUAGAUUUCCACUACGAUACCGAUAUCUAUUGGGCCUAUAAUAAACUUUUAAGUUCUAUACCCGUUUGGCUGUUUUGUAUUGUUACCACUGUAGCCUGUUUGCUGCCCGAUUUUACCUUCCGUAUGGCUAAAAGAGGCUUAAAUCUUCCCCAACGUAGUUUCUUUCCGGGCAAAGAACGUUUACGUCUAUUGCAAUUGAGACGUAAAGUAGAAUCAACCCAUUUAUAGUUUUAAGAAAAUGUCUAAAGAAAGUAAAGUCAUAAAGUAUUGUUUUAAGAAAGUAUUGAAUUUUAACUGUUAUUUAGGUUUAAGUAUAUAUAGUUAAAUUACAAUAAGUUAUUUGUGUAAUAUAAUUAUUUAUCUUGUAAGAGUCUAUUCAGUGCCAAAAAAUAGUUUUUUAAGAAAAUUUUAUUAAUUUAUUUUAUACCAUGACAAACCAAGUGCUGUAAAUAAAGUUACCAUUUGAAGAAAAAAAAAUGAUAAAUUGAAAAGACGA